CGUCGCGCUAGCCCAUAAAUCGUCGUGCGCUGCAAAUUCGCACGCAGGACUUCAUAUCUCACCAGCCUUGGGCUGCGCGCUAGCGAAACUCGAUCCAUGGCGGACACCAAAGCCGCCGUCGAUGCAGCGCAAGAAAGGACCAAGGCCUACCUGCCCCAAAUACAGGCCGCCCUCGACCAGCUCAAGAGCCAAAGCGAGAAGCCGCCUCCUUUAAUAGCGGACGCCGAGCUCUACACGGGUAAAGUAAGAGACGUCUACAAACCAAAUAAAUUCCCGCAGCACGUGGUACUGGCGGCCACCGGGAGGCAGUCGGCCUUCGACCGCGCGCUCGCGACCGUGCCCUUCAAAGGAGCUGUUCUAAAUCAAGUGUCGCGGUGGUGGUUCGAGACGACGAAAGAUAUAUGUGAGAACCACGUGCGGGCGUCGCCGUUACCUGACGUGUUGGUCGCGGCUAGAUGCCAGGCCUUCCCCGUCGAGUUCGUCGUACGGGGCUACAUCACGGGGUCGACCUCGACCUCGCUCUGGACGCACUACAAGAACGGUGAGCGGAAGUACUGCGGCCUCGACUUUCCUGAUGGAUUGGUCAAAAACCAGAAGUUGGCGGAGAACGUCUGCACGCCGACCACAAAAGACGCGGAGCACGACGAGCCCAUUUCCGGCGAGGACAUCGUCGCGUCAGGUCGGAUGACGCAAGCGCAGUGGGACGAGUGCCGGGGCAAGGCCCUGGCCAUCUUCGCGCGGGGGCAAGAGAUCGCGGCGUCGCGCGGUCUGGUGCUCGUGGACACGAAGUUCGAGUUCGGAUUGGCGGACGACGGGACCUGCGUUUUGAUAGAUGAGGUGCUGACGCCGGACUCGUCGCGCUACUGGCUCGCGCACUCCUACGAGGCGCGGCACGCCGCGGGCCAGGAGCCCGAGAACAUCGACAAGGAAUUCCUGCGGCUGUGGUACCGCGAGCGCUGCGACCCUUAUAAGGACGAGGUCAUUCCCGCGGCGCCCGACGAGCUGGUGUGCGAGCUGUCGCGGCGCUACAUCCUGCUCUACGAGCUGAUCACGGGCGAGACCUUCGAUUUCCAGGCGGCGUCGGCGGCCGUCGACCGGCCGGCGGUCCUGGCGGAGUGCCUCGCGGGGCUCUAGGGGUGUCGGUGGCGCGCUAGCUUCUCUAAGUUGACUUAACACAC